AUGGCUGGAAGAACGGAUCCUUCAGCGCCACACAGACCAGCGCCACUGGCUGCACCUCGCACAAGGAAGGAAAUCGUUGUCCGCAAACGCCUGAAGCCCAAGCCAAAAUUGACAGGAGAUUUCGCUACGUCUGACUCUGUAUACUACCGCAAGACUGGUAACGAGUCGGUCGUUGGCUCUGGCACUUACGGCAAGGUGUACAAGGCUGUCCAUGUGUACACGGGUGACAAGGUUGCUCUUAAAAAGAUAAGAAUGGAAGGAGAGCGCGACGGAUUCCCGGUGACCGCAAUCCGCGAGAUCAAACUCUUGCAAUCUCUCAAUCACACCAACGUGGUCAAGCUGCAGGAAGUCAUGGUUGAACGCAAUGACUGUUUCAUGAUCUUCGAGUACCUGUCUCACGAUUUGACUGGGUUGCUGAAUCACCCUUCGUUUGCCUUGACCGAAGGACACAAGAAAGACCUUGCAAAACAGUUGUUUGAAGGUCUUGACUACCUUCACAAACGUGGCGUACUCCAUCGCGACAUCAAGGCAGCCAACAUUCUUGUGUCUCGCAACGGUGAGCUCAAGUUGGCCGAUUUCGGUCUUGCCCGCUUCUACAACAAAAACGCCAAACUCAAGCAAGACUACACCAACAGAGUCAUCACCAUCUGGUAUCGUUCGCCUGAGUUGUUGUUGGGAGAGACGCAGUACGGUCCGGCAGUGGACAUCUGGUCGGCGGCUUGUGUCUUGGUUGAGAUAUUCACCAAGCAUGCCAUUUUCCCAGGCGACGGUGGUGAAAUCAACCAGCUCGACAAGAUCUACAAUGUGCUGGGCACACCGUCUCGAACAAAUUGGCCGGGCAUUGUCGACUUGGCAUGGUAUGAACUCUUGCGACCAGCGCACAAGGUGGCUUCGACGUUUGCCGAGAAGUAUCAAGAACGCGUAUCACCGGCGGCGUUUGACCUCUUGAGCGCCAUGUUUGUCUUUGACCCCGACACGAGACCCACAGCUAGCGACGUGUUGGAACACCCAUACUUCACGACUGAGGAACCAAAAGCGAACCAGGUGGUGGAACUGAAAGACCUUGAAGGCGAUUGGCACGAGUUCGAGAGCAAGGCACUGCGCAAGGAGAAGGAGCGUGAAGCAAGAAGGAAAGACAAGGAGAGCAUGGAGAAACGCAAGCUCGAGGGGCCGAUGGGCGAUGAGAGAGAGUUGAAGAGGAUGAAGACUGGCGAUGCACAGGCGUAG